AAAAAAAAAAAUUAAAACAAAAACACGCGCCUGACACAAAUCCUUCCUUCACCCUUCACUACUUUCACCUUUCAACAACCUUCAUCCUUCAAUGCAAACGCUAAAUAAAUUUUGUUUUCUCUAAAGUAUAUGUUCACUCCUUCCUUUACAAUCAACACUUAAAUUUGUAUUUCCCUAAAUUAUGUUUUCUCUUCCGCGCCGGCGACGAAUUGGUCUGGCGCAACCCAAUUCCUGACCUAACACCGUUACCGUCAUGAGAACUGAAAGUUACACUUACAUGGGACACAGUUUCAAUGAAUUCACCAUCAACGACAAUUCCACUUCUUUCGAUUUCAUCGACUGUAACAGCCAUAAAUCCGGAAAAUUAGCCACCACUUCUUCACAAUCCCGAAGACUCCUCAUCUCACGUGCUUCCGAAAAUUCCAAUGAUUUCAUCCGUCAACUUGUUUCCGAUCUUCAUUCUUCUUCAAUCGAAGACCAGUAACAAGCAGCCAGGGAAAUUCGACGCCACCACACGUAUUGGAGCUGAAACAGCUAAGGUGUUAGCAAAGAGAGGAGUGAGAGUUGUGGUUAGUGCUAGGGACUUGAAAAAGGGUUGUGAAGUUAGAGAGAAAAUCCAAAAGGAGAGUCCUAAUGCUGAGAUUAUUCUAUUGGAAAUUUAUCUUAGCUAUCUUGCUUCUCUACAGAGAUUUUGUUCAGAGUUUUUAGCUUUAGAAUUGCCUCAUAAUAUUCUCAUAAAUAAUGCAGGAGUAUACUCUCAGAACAUUGAAUUCCCUGAAGAGAAAAUUGAAAUGACAUUUGCUACAAAUUACUUAGGACAUUUUUUGUUAACAAAAAUGCUACUAGAGAAAAUGAUAGAUAUUGCAAACAAGACAGGGAUUCAAGGAAGAAUAAUAAAUGUUUCUUCGGUAAUUCAUAGCUGGGUGAAAAGAACUCGCUUUUGUUUCAAAGACAUGCUCAAUGGAAAUUUGAUUACUUGCUAAAACUAGUGCUGCUCCAUUUUGAAUGCUUACAUUUUGUUUCUGUCUCUCAUGUAUUCUUGUAGCUUCGAUAUUGAAAUUUGAAGGGCACAAUAUUCCCCUUGAGGAAGAGUUGAUUCUAAAGGUAAAAGCAUGUUGUUUUUAAUUAAUUUAACCCAAUUCAUUCUAGUUGAUGGUUUGAUGCUAUAUUUUUCUGUUCUAAUAAGUAAAAGCAUCAAUAAAUAGCAAUUUUAGUUCAGUUUGUUGCUUUUCUCAAUAUAUAUAUUACCAUUUUCUUACUUGAACCAAUAAAGUUGGAGAAUAGGUCGCAACAGAACCAGCCUUAUUUAAAUGGACGUUGUAUAUAUGUUGUUGGUCAGUUUCUUGGUUUGUUAUCUUGUGAUUACAUGUUAUGGAUAAACAAGUAUGAUUACUUUGGCAUUGUAAAUACUUUCAAUUUGUCGUGCAAGAAUGAUGGACUCUGGGAAGACAACUGUGGAGAAGACCAUAUGUUUAUAAAAUUAAGCUAUCUAAAAAGAGUGGUUGAGAAUGUUGUCUCAUUCUUUGUAGAAUUUGAUGGUACUGUCUUGAUACAAUAAAGAGAUUAUUUUUCUUUUUA